AUGAGUUGGUUAUCGUCCUUUUCACCAUUUUUAAAAUCUACUGGUUCGUUAAUUAAGUUCCAAUCACCAUCCUUAAUCGCCGUGAGAACUUUGAUGAAGACCCAUAAAGGUGCUGCAAAGAGAUGGAGACGAACUAGUACAGGUUUCAAGAGAGGUAUUGCCGGAAGAAAUCAUGGUAACGCAGGAUGGUCCCAACGUUCAAUGAAAGUCUUGAGUGGGAGAAAAACAGAAGAUAAAACACAUAUUAGGCACCUUAAGAAACUGUUACCAUUUAGCUAA